UGGGUGCGAGUCGAGUUCAGCUACGCGCGGCCGGCAAAAGGUCCAAAGAUAGAAGCGGAGCGCUCGCCCAUGGAUACCUUUGCGCUCGUUGUCUGCGCCAGCAGGGCGAUGGGCUUCGAUCGCGUAGCCACGAGAGCCGGGCCCGCCGGCGCUGUCCCGCCCCCCCCUUCCUGGGUUGAGGGGAGGAGCACGCCCCCGGGGGGUUUGGCCCUUUGGGUGGGCUUGUUUCCGCCGCCGGGCGGCUUCGUGUUCGCCUCGUUUGCCACCCCGACCCCCCCGGGGGGCGCCCGGUUGGCCCCCAAGCUUCCCAGCGCCUGGGGCCGCCUUCGCCUUGGGGCCCUCCCCAUGGAGGGCCGCGGGGUCUUCGCCUGGCUUCUAGCGUCUUUGCCUCGCCGGCUCCGGCCUCCCGCGCAGCCUGCGGCCGGCGGGGCGAGUGUGUGUGGCCGUGCCCCGGCUGGCCCCACCCGGCAGUCGAGGUUGGCUAUUGGUUGUGCUGGCUCGCUGGGCCAUUGUGUCGCUCGUUGGUUGGUUUAAAUGGCCCUCGUCGGACGGUCGGGGCGCGGGCCAUGCUGCCCUGUAGCCGCCCGUAGGACCGGCUCCCCCGCCCGGUUGUUGUUAUCCGCCGCUGCACGGGCCCUCGCGGGCAGCGCGGGCCUGCAGGCC